UAAAAACCACACUAGUGCUUAUAUAUUCCUCAUUAUGUUCGUUUUGGAGCACAAGUUAUUUUCCUGCCAAAAAGUGAAGAAGGUAUUACAGAAACCGUUAUGCUGAGUACAGAUGCCCACUUUGCAUGCUACACCAUGGCGACUGGUGAAAGCAUGUCACAUGACACAUGGUGCCAGACCUCAGUGUUGCACUCUUAAGGUGCCUGCCAGCAGCAGAGGGGGGCAGAGAGGCUUUCUUCUUCUCUGGAUUCACAUCCAUGCCAAACCAGCGGGUCAACACUGUCCUCUACGCUGCCUCCUAUGCCUCUUACACCUCCAGCUGAGCCCGACCCGGAACCAAAGAUGAACUGGGCAUCAUUUUAUGCUGUCAUCAGCGGUGUGAACAGACACUCCACUGGCAUCGGCCGCAUCUGGCUCUCUGUCCUGUUCAUUUUCCGCAUCCUGGUCCUGGUGGUUGCUGCUGAGAGUGUUUGGGGCGACGAGAAGUCCGGCUUCACCUGCAAUACCCAGCAGCCGGGCUGCAACAGCGUCUGCUACGACCACUUCUUCCCCAUCUCCCACAUCCGCCUCUGGGCGCUCCAGCUCAUCCUGGUCUCCACUCCGGCCCUGCUGGUCGCCAUGCACGUGGCCCACCGCCGCCAUGUCGACAAGAGGCUCUACAAACUGUCAGGCCGGACCAAUCCCAAAGACCUGGAGCAGAUAAAGACCCAGAAGAUGAAAAUCACAGGAGCCCUGUGGUGGACGUACGUCAUCAGCCUGCUGUUCCGUAUUGUCUUUGAGGUCACUUUCAUGUAUGUGUUUUAUAUGAUCUACCCUGGUUACAAGAUGAUCCGGCUGGUGAAGUGUGACUCGUACCCCUGUCCCAACACAGUGGACUGCUUUGUGUCGAGGCCCACGGAGAAGACUGUCUUCACCGUGUUCAUGCUGGCUGCGUCAGGGGUUUGUAUUCUGCUCAACAUCGCAGAGGUGGUCUUCUUGGUGGGGAAGGCCUGCAGUAAGCAUUUGCACAAUGCUGGAGACUCGACUAUGGGAGCUUGGAUCCAGCAAAAGCUUUGCUCGUACUAACAAAACACACAGAUUUCAUACCGACUCAAAGUGACAAAAAAGUGACCUUUUACUGUCAGGUAACAACUACUGAUUCAACUUGUUAGUAGGGUUCCUAAAAUAUACUGGACAUCACAAUAUGACAUGGCGAUGAUUUAUCCAGUGAAAUAUAAUCUUACCAUCCAGUUCCGGUGUGAGGAAAAUGUAGCGUUCAGACUUUUUGCACCAGUAGUUUAGAUUUUAGUAUCUAUUGAUAAGUUACAGCCUGUGCAAAGAACCAAUAAACACUGCAUACAGCAGUACACAGUAUUUACAUAAUACAGUGGCUUGAUAUUUGGCCAACUAAAGGUCAAUUAAGUAACAUUUUGAAAAGAAGUGUUCCAGCUUACCACAUUCUUCUCUUGUCAUGGAUUUGUUUUAAUUUUUGAUCUUGACAUGAGAAUAUCAAUUUAUGAAAUGUGGCUUCUGACACAUGCAGACUGUACCAGACAAGUGCUCCAAUGUUCUAAAAUUAUGGGCUAUAUAAUUAACUUUACUCUAUUAUAUAAGCAAAAUAUAAUUAAAAAUGUCAUGGUUUUGUUUUAAAUCAGUAUGGAAUCUAAUAGACUGGAGGAUUUACACCUUUUCAUCAGCUGUUAUUGGUGAGAUGUACUAAUACUUGGUAAACAUGCUGCACUUCAUUCAUCCAUUCAUUAGCUAUACCUGCUUUAUACUGUAGGGGGUUAGGGGUUUUUUUGCAUUCAUGGACUGUGUAUAAAAUGGACGUAGCAUUUGGGUCUGAAAAGUGCUGCCAAUGCAGAAGUGCUUUAAACCUGCAUUAUUUAUAAAGGCCAGUAGGGGGCAACUCCGCUGGUUGCAAAAAGAAGUCUGAUUCUAUAGAUGUCUAUGAGAAAAUGAUCCCACUUCUCACUUGAUUUUUUACCUCAGUACACAUUUACCUAAUGGCUUUAUGGUUUCAGUCGCUAGUUUCAGGAGUUUUUUAAUAAACAGUGGUGUUCAUUUUGUAAACUUUUGUUAAAUUAGGAGUAAAAUAAUUGAGCAAAACACCCAGCGUAUGUUUUAGAGUAGGACUUCCUUGUGAUUGUCAAGGCGCUAUUAUAUAUGCAGGUGUCCCCAAGUUCACAGUCAGAUCCACCCAUUGCCCCUCAUGUCAGGUUUCAAAAGAGCAACGUGACAACAGCCAAAUUCCAAUUUCAGCAGUCCGCAGAUCAGUGGGUGAUGUCAAACUGCUACCUCCAUUUUCUAUAUACAGUCUAUGUUAAAAGUAACAGUGUUUGCUUUAUACAAAUUCUUUACUUUGGUUUUUAAAUCUCUUCAGAUAAAAACAAAGCAGCAACUCCAAACUGAAAAAAACUUGAAUUGCAAACUUUUUUUCUGAAGUUUACUACUGACUGCUAAACAUGUUAUUUAAAUGUAUUUAUUUUAAAGCUGGAUGUUUAUAUGUUGCCCAUACAGAACAGAAUAAAAUCCACCAGAGUUCAUGUAA